CAUUCUACUUCUAAUGUCACACACACAGAGCCCUCAUCAAUCUUCCAGAUUACCUGUGAUGCACAUCCCAUUCCAGUUGAAUGCUUAUUCAAUAAUAAAACUGGGCAGCAGUGCCAUGGUGGUCGGCAAGAACAAGCGCCUUAUGAAAGGCGGCAAAAAGGGAGCCAAGAAGAAAGUGGUUGAUCCAUUUUCUAAGAAAGACUGGUAUGAUGUGAAAGCGCCAUCUACGUUCAAUAUAAGAAAUAUUGGAAAAACACUAGUCACAAGAACUCAAGGAACCAAAAUUGCGUCUGAUGGUCUCAAGGGUCGCGUUUUUGAAGUUAGCCUUGCUGAUCUGCAGAAUGAUGAAGUUGCAUUUAGGAAAUUCAAGCUAAUCACUGAGGAUGUGCAGGGCAAAAACUCUAAUUUCCAUGGCAUGGAUCUUACCCGUGACAAAAUGUGCUCCAUGGUCAAAAAAUGGCAGACCAUGAUUGAAGCUCAUGUUGAUGUAAAGACUACCGAUGGUUAUUUGCUUCGUCUAUUUUGUGUUGGUUUUACUAAAAAACGCAAUAAUCAGAUUCGGAAGACCUCUUACGCUCAGCACCGACAGGUCCGCCAAAUCUGGAAAAAGAUGAUGGAAAUCAUGACCCGAGAGGUGCAAACAAAUGACUUGAAAGAAGUGGUCAAUAAAUUGAUUCCAGACAGCAUCGGAAAAGAUAUAGAAAAAGCUUGUCAGUCUAUUUAUCCACUCCAUGAUGUUUUUGUUAGAAAAGUAAAAAUGCUGAAGAAGCCCAAGUUUGAAUUGGGAAAACUCAUGGAGCUUCAUGGUGAAGGUAGUAGUUCUGGAAAAGCUACGGGGGAUGAGACCGGUGCUAAAGUUGAACGAGCUGAUGGAUAUGAACCACCAGUCCAAGAAUCUGUUUAAAAUUCAGACAUUUAAUGGUGACCAAUAAAAACAUUUGUGAUGUUUAAAAUAAUAAUAAUAAUAAUAAAACUGUUUUCUUUCUUUUCUAC